UGACAGUAAGAGACGAACAUAACCGGUAAAAACAAACACGUUGUGAAUACAUUCUAACGUUUGACGUCUGGCAUCAUAUUGGGAAACUUAUUGAAAACGAUACCCAGGAUAACAAUGAUUGCAACCGGUGAUUUGAAGGGAUCUCUGAGGAAACUAGAGGCCUGCCUGCGCUCAAUGAAGUAUCCACUAGAUGUCAAUUAUGAAGGGUUGGCCCGUGGUGACCCUGCCUGUUGUUUGCCCAUUGUAAGCCAUGCACUUGUUUCCUACUCACCGUAUCUGGCAGAGCAUCUCAUGGGAUUCUCAGUGGAGCUCACUGGAGCCACUGACCUGCGGUUUGUGGAGAGUGUGUAUAAGGUUCUGCGGGACCUCUUCAGCUACAAGCCUCGCUUGACCAAGCAACAGUUUCUGCAGUUCGGCUUUGCUGAGAGGAAAGUCAGCCUCGUGUGUGACAUCAUCAACUUUGCCAUCCAGAAGCACAAAGAGCUCGCCAAGGCCCACAAGCCAGCCAACAUUCCUCCCAGGAGGGUGCGUUUUCGUUCCUUCCCCCCUGAGGAGUAUGGAACCAGAGAUCCCUCUCCCUCCCAGAUCUCCCAGAUCUCCCAGCACCAGCACGUGGCCCCAGUGGCGGCCCAUGGUAGACCACUGGUGGAGAGGCACAUGGGCAGCGUCACCCCCAGCGUCCUCUUCAGCCUGUCCUCAGACGACCAGGAGCCGCCAGAGGAGCUGAUGGGGAGCGAGGAGGAGGAGGAGGAGCUGCAGGAGGCUGAAGAAGAGAGCCCUGGAACAGAGUCUCCCCCAGUUAUACCCCCCUGCGUGGAGGCGCGGCUACAGGCCAUGGAGGCCCAGCUGCAGCGCUGUGAGCAGCGCCUGGGCCAGCUGGUCGUGCUGGAGGGCCGUGUGCAGGCCCUGGAGCGCUCCAUGGCCGGGAAGAUGGUGCUGGAGCAGGGCCACUGGGAGAACCUGGAGAGCCGCGUGCUGCUGCUGGAGACCAGUCUGGCCCUCAGUCAGACCCAGAGGAGCCCGGUGAUAAUAGAUAUUGUGAAAGUGCCAAGCCUGGAUGAGCUUUCAGAACCCAAAGUCACUCUGGAAGAGGAGGAGGAGGCCAGAGAAAGAGCUGAGGUGGCGUCUCCCAGCCCUCCUCACUCACCCAACAUGGCCACACACCCAGCAGCUGGCUCCCCACCGCCACACUCUCAGGAGAGUAUUAAAGAACGACUGGAAAGGAUAGCUAAUAUGAUGAAAGACACCACCAGCCUUUUGCGAAGUGUAGAACCAUCAACAUAGUCUGACUUGAUAUUUUCUUUUAGUGUUUUCAUGAUCAUGACAUUUCACUUUGCCACUAUACUGUGCCUUUUAAUUUGUUUUUUGAGCAUCUUGCACUGAAUAUAUUCUCUGUGGUUUGUUUCUGUAGUGUUUAGCUAAUAACAUUUUAAGCAACAUGCUUUCUAUCACUCAUUGUUGCCAAACAUAAAAUCCCCAUAAUGGCCUCUAGAGGUCACUAUGACCCAACUGUAUUGGACCGUAGAUAGAUCCAUGCUCCCUGCUGCUUUUCCUGAGUAGUGGAGUUAUUUCCUGUUGAAGCCAUGUGUGCACCUGGGUACAAAUUGACAGCGUAAUUUAUUUCCUGAAUAAAAGUGUCCUAUUCAUACUAA